CGGAGCUCCAAGUGGAGCCUGAGCCGCUGGAACUGAGGAGCCGGUGACCGGCGAGUGAGUGCGGAGGCCCUGGCUGGGGUCGGGGAGCCGAGGGACUAUGGAACCUCAGCAGCCUGGGAGGUUUGGAAGGUUUAAAUACCAGUUUGUGAAGACUUUUUGCCACUCCAGAUGAUCUGCUGGAUUAAACGUGUAAUUAGGAUGGCUUUUGCACAAGUUGGACUAAACAUGGAAUCAGUGCUCUGGUCAGGCAAGUCUUAUGGUUCAUCUCGAAGUAUUGUAAGGAAAAUUGGUACUAACCUCUCUCUUAUCCAGUGCCCAAGAGUUCAGUUUCAGGUUACCUCUCACUCUACAGAAGGGAACCAUUCUAAGCAGCUCAGAGAAGACUCAGUAGCCUCUUUUGCAGAUGUGAGAUGGGUUGCUCAAGAAGAAGGUGAAGUCUCUACAAGGCUCAGAUCAGAAGUUUGGUCAAAAUCGGCUCCGCCUCUUCCACAUGAACCAUAUUGCUCUGGAAGACCACCAAGUAGACAAGUGUCCUUACCAAACCUCUUACAAGAAGAGCCAGCCCCCAAGGUUGUGGUGACCAAGAAUGAUGAAGCUCUGCAAAAGAUUAAUGCUCUAGAAAAUGAACUUGCCAGUUUAAGGGCACAAAUAGCCAAAAUUGUAAUCUUGCAAGAACAGCAGAAUCUGCCAGCAGCUGGAUUAAGUCCUACUGCAUCAGCUCCUUCACCAGCGCCGCCGCCACCACCACCACCUCCUCCACCACCUCUUCCACCUUCUGGGGUACAUCGGAGUAUGUCUGCUAUUGAUCUCAUUAAAGAGCGGAAAGGCAAGAAAAUAAACGCAGGACAGACUUCGAUAGAUAAUGGUCCAAAGAAGCCUGAAAUACCAAACAUGCUAGAGAUCCUCAAAGACAUGAACAGUGUCAAACUGCGUGCAGUGAAAAGACCAGUGGAAGGCACAAAAUGCAAAUCACCUGACCCGACUGAUCCCGUAGCACUAAUAGCUGAAGCUCUCAAAAAGAAAUUUGCUUAUCGAUACAGAAGUGAUAACCAAAGUGAAACUGAAAAACAGAUUCCAGAGUCUGAAACAAAGGCAACGUCUGAAAUGAUGCAGUUUGGACCACACAUGCUGAAGCCUACAGGAAAAAUGAAGACUUUAAUUGAAAAAUCUUAACUACUUUUAUAUCACUACAAGAGACUAUUCAGCUACUUUUAUUAGAAAUCAAUGUUAUGUAGUAAGUGUCUCUUGGUAUUUAAUGCCCUCCUACAAAC